UAAACCCUACACUACGCACGAAGCUUCCUCCCAUAAACCCUUUGAAAACCCUUUGAAGCUUUUGAAGAAACCAUUUUCAUUCCCAAACCCUUCUUUUCUCUUUCUCCCCAUUGCUUUCUCUCUCUUCUUCGACCUUUGAUUCACACUCACCCAAACCCUAAUUUCUGUUCCUUCAAUCAUCUCUUUUUCCUCCUCCCAUGGAAGAUUCCUCCAAAUCAGCCCAUGAUCGGAAAACCCGUUUCUAUCACCCCUACCAAGACCUACACGUUCCGAUCGCCAAGCUCUACGAACUCCCCACCGCCCCCGAGCAUCUCUUCUUCGAAGAGGCCGCCAGGCCCCACCGUUCUUGGGGCGAAAACCUCCAAUACUACACCGGAAUUGGCUACCUCUCCGGCGCCCUUCUCGGCGGCGCCAGGGGCUCUGUCCAGGGCCUCAGGGCGGCCGAGCCCGGCGACUCUGUCAAGCUCCGUCUCAAUCGAGUUCUCAACUCUGGCGGCCAGCUUGGCCGGAGGGCUGGGAACUCUCUUGGGAUCCUUGGCUUGAUUUUUGCUGGUUUGGAAAGUGGGGUUAUUCAUUUGAGAGGUAGGGAUGAUGUUUUGAACAGUAUUGUUGCUGGAUUGGGGACUGGUGCGCUUUAUAAGGCAGCUUCUGGGCCAAGAUCGGCCGCCAUCGCCGGUGCCAUUGGAGGGAUUGCUGCUGCAGCUGCUGUUGCAGGCAAGCAGGCAGUUAAGAGAUAUGUGCCAAUAUAGGAAUUGGCAUACCAAGUUUUGACUAGAGGGAGGGUUUGCACGGAGGAAGAUAUUGUAGACACAGUACAUUAUUGGAGAAAGGGUUCCGCUUAGAUGACUGGAUUUCUUUGUAAUUUGUGCUUAUUGAAAAGUAGGGGCUGGUUUUGGUAGUGUAUUGCUGGAUAUUUCUAGUUCAUCGGAAUCAAUAUAUAAUGCUGAAGGAUUUGGUGGUAGUAGCCAUUAAUUUCUUCCUGGAGGCUUAAGUUCUUUUCAAUGAGGCAUUUUCUUUACCCCUAUGAUAGUCCUGGAAGUAUUGUCAAAUGUGGCGCUUAGAGCAAAUUUUCAAAGGUAGAAAUUAGAGGUGGGAUUGACUUGACUGCAUUAUGAUGAAGUCUGUAUGGGAUGAAGGAAAUGUUUCAUGUUAAUGUGCUGUAAUUUCAACAGGUGCUUCAUGGCUGUCCUGUUUGACAUAGUUUUAUGGCAGCAUUUUUCUGGUGUAAUUUAAACAAAAAUGGAUUGGUUUAACUUGAACAAAGCUGUUAUGUUCAUAACACACUGGUCUCUGACUUGUUUGACCCACCGUUUAAUUUCCUUUUAAAUAAUGAAUUUGGGAAA